CAGGAGGCAGAGAAGAUGGGCAUCCUGAGCGUAGACUUGCUGAUCACGCUGCAGAUUCUGCCAGUUUUUUUCUCCAACUGCCUCUUCCUGGCGCUCUAUGACUCAGUCCUUCUGCUCAAGCACGUGAUGCUGCUGUUGAGCCGCUCCAAGUCCACUCGCGGAGAGUGGCGGCGCAUGCUGACCUCAGAGGGACUGCGCUGCGUCUGGAAGAGUUUCCUCCUUGAUGCCUACAAACAGGUGAAAUUAGGCGAAGAUGCUCCUAAUUCCGGCGUGGUACAUGUCUCCAAUUUUGAAGGAGGGGGCAAUCGAGGACCCGGUGCCCAGGAGAAGACAGCUGAUGGAGCCCAGUGCCACCUUCUUGACUUUGCCCGUGCCGAGCGCCCGCUGGUGGUCAACUUUGGCUCAGCCACUUGACCUCCUUUUACAAGUCAGCUGCCAGCCUUCAGCCAACUGGUGGAAGAGUUCUCCUCGGUGGCUGACUUCCUCUUGGUCUACAUUGACGAGGCUCAUCCUUCAGACGGUUGGGCGGUGCCUGGGGACUCCUCUUCGUCGUUUGAGGUGAAGAAGCACCGGAACCAGGAAGAUCGGUGUGCAGCAGCCCACAGGCUCCUGGAGCGGUUCUCCUUGCCGCCCCAGUGCCUUGUGGUUGCUGACCGCAUGGACAAUAACGCCAACGUCGCCUAUGGGGUGGCCUUUGAACGCGUGUGCAUUGUGCAGAGCCAGAAGAUCGCUUACCUGGGAGGAAAGGGCCCCUUCUGCUAUAAUCUCCAAGAAGUCCGGUGUUGGCUAGAGAAGAAUUUCAGUAAGAGAUGAACUCCAGAGUAGCUGGUCAAAGGUAUAAUUGUCAUAGAGCUUAUUAUUUAAAAACAACAACCACAAAGAAAACAUAUGUAAAACAAAAAAAAAACGAAGACGUGAAUUCAGUUGGAUGCCCUCCAGCCGAAGGCCCAUUGCAUUCCGGAACGCCUGGAAAGUCCACGUUUGAGCACCAGUCAUCUAAGGUCUCAGCCCUUCUCUCACAGCAGCCCCAUCCCUCUCUUCCUAGUGAGCAGCCUUCCGUGACAAGAGCCCAAGAUGGAGAGAAAGAAACCGUGGUUGAGCAUGUGUUCGUUCUGCCUUGAGAAACUAGUGAUCCAGCUGAUGAAGGCUUUGGGAUGAGAAGCCGGAAGGGGAAAAAAAACCCCGACAAACUGAAUAACUCCUAUGUUAGGAACGUUGCUGCCUAGGCUAGGAAGAUGGAUAUUACCCCAGCUUUAUUCGGCAAGGAUGGAGCCCGACUGGGAAAUCUCAAAUAGUUACUUAUAAUGAGUCCUUGAGCUCGGGCCGUGUGGCCAGGACCUCGGUGUUUAUUUAACGUGUUGGUGUAUUUUCUGCUGCUCCAGUUUCCAGUAUGCCAAUUCCCUAUGCCAGCCUACAUGUCUAGAAUUAACCAGUUUAGUUACAGAAACCUACAAGGAUCCUUCAAGCCCGAGGUUUCGAAUGAUCGUCUAAGAACUGUGGGUUACUUGCUAGGCAGUUGGAGGAAGGGUUAGAUUUACAAAGCAAGAAAGAGGCUGCAGAGAUUAGAAUGCCUCAGAGGGUUUCACCUGGAGACUGUUAAGAGUGGGCCUAAUGUGUUAGCCCCAGAAAUACACAAACAUACCCACACCCAGAAUAAGAAGUUCAACUAAAAAUCGCAUGAAGAAUACAAAUCUGGAACUGUGUUUGUUAUGCCCUAUAUGCUCGAGUAGAAGCUGGCCUGAAUAUCAGCCAAGGCACCUAAUUUUACCACAAAAACUGCAUUCAAAAUGUGCUCAAAAACUCGGCUUAUACAGGUGUAUACUCUUAGACUGAGAGAGAAUGAGGAUUUAAA